CAUUUCAUCCCUCACAAAGUCACAACUCACAAGCAGUAGUACUCCUACAGUAUUUGACAAGUUCGACAGUCCAACUGUGCGCGUGCGUGCUCGAUCGUCGUCGCAAACCAUGUCCAUGCUGCCGCUGCAGCUGCUUCUUCUUCCGCUCGCCUCCUUCCUGCGCACGGCCGCAUCCACCACCGGCAGCAACGAGAGCUGCACGCCCAAGUCAUGCGGGGGCCUCACCAUCAGGUACCCCUUCUCCCUCUCCGGCGCGCAGCCGCUCUACUGCGGCUACCCGGCCUUCGACCUCACCUGCGAGGCCGGCACCAGCCGCGCCUACCUGAGCAACACGUUCAGGGAGCACCUGUUCCGCGUCGACAACAUCUCCUACCCAGACAACACCAUGAUGGCCGCCGUGCAGACCCCCUUCGCCGGCGACACCGGCUGCCCCGUCCCCGACUUCAACGUGUCGGCCAGCCUCGCCCUCUUCCCGUUCAACAUCAGCGCCACCAACAAGCGCCUCGUGUUCUUCUACAACUGCACCGUGCCCGCUGAGCUCCGGCUGCAGGGGCAGUGCGCCAACCACACCAUGGGAGCGUACAUCUCCGGUUCAUGGGACGACGGCGAAGGCGGCACACCGCCGCUGGGUGUUCCGACGAACUGUAGCUCGGUGAGCGUGCCGGUGCGCCGAGGAAUGGACCAACCUUAUCUGCUCCACCAGUACCACCGGCUGAUCAGCGAUGGGUUCUUGCUGGAGCUACCGGCGCCGUCGGAAGACUGCGAUGGAUGCACACGGAAGCGCGGGGAGUGCCGGUUCGAUCAGUUUGCGUUCCAGUGCGUCUGCCCUGAGGGGAAGCCCUGCCUCAAUUCCACCCAAACGAACUCAACAACUCCUCCAGACCUUCCGGCAUAUACAGAUACACAUACAGGUGCACAGGAUGCUGGAAUAAAGUACGUCACAGGAAUCACAGUUUCUGUUCUGUUUGUGAUCAUACUGGGGCUCCUGUGCCAUCUCAUACAACUCAACCGAGCCAAGAACAAGAAGCGAUCUGAGUCGUUGGACGGCCUCAUCCGUGAAGGAUCGCCGCUGACAUCGCUGCGCAAGGAGUUCAACCUCGCCGGCUCGCCCUGCACCCACAUCUUCACCUACGAGGAGCUCGACGCGGCCACCGACGGCUUCGGCGCCGCCAACGAGCUCGGCGCCGGCGGCUUCGGGACAGUCUACAAGGGUGUUCUCCGGGACGGGAGCGUGGUGGCGGUGAAGCGGCUGUACAAGAACAGCUACAAGGGCGUGGAGCAGUUCGCCAACGAGGUGGACAUCCUCUCGCGGCUGCGCCACCCAAACCUCGUCGCGCUCUACGGCUGCACCUCCUCCUGCCGCGACCUCCUCCUCGUCUACGAGUUCGUCCCCAACGGCACGCUCGCCGACCACCUCCACCACGGCAAUGCCGGCGGCGGCGACCCCCUCAUGCUCUCGUGGCCGACCCGGCUCGGCAUCGCCGUCGAGACGGCCGCCGCGCUGGCAUACCUCCACGCGCACCAGGUCCUGCACCGCGACGUCAAGACCACCAACAUCCUCCUGGACGGCGGGCUCCACGUCAAGGUGGCCGACUUCGGGCUAUCCCGGCUGUUCCCGGCCGACGGCGCCACGCAGCACGUGUCCACGGCGCCGCAGGGCACGCCCGGGUACGUCGACCCGGCGUACCAACACCGGUACCAGCUCACGGACAAGAGCGACGUCUACAGCUUCGGCGUGGUCCUCAUGGAGCUCGUGUCCUCCAGGCCGGCCGUGGACAUGGCCCGGCCCGGCACCGACGUGAACCUCGGCAGCAUGGCCGUGCGCAUGAUACAGUGCUGCGAGAUCGACCGGCUGGUCGACCCGCGGCUCGGGUACGGGUCGUCAUCGGCGAGCGAGACCAAGUGCACGAUCGACCUCGUCGCCGAGGUGGCGUUCCGGUGCCUGCAGCCGGAGCAGGACGUGCGGCCGUCCAUCGGCGAGGUGCUGGACGUGCUCAGACAGGCUCACCAGAGCGUCACGGCAGAGAAGGGAGCCUCCGCCGUCACCACGGAUGAUGGCGCGGUGCUGCUCAAGAAGAGCAGGGACGGGUCGCCUGAUUCCGUCAUGAACCAGUGGAUCAGCCCAUCAACCACCUCCAAUUAUAGCAGCUGAGACUGACAGUUAUGUACUUACAAAAAUAGGAAAUUUGUGACCCAAUGCCGGCGGAGACAGUUAGGGCCUCUUUGAUUGCAAGGAUCCUAAAAGCACGGCAAUAGAAAGAACAGUGUCCAUGGACACUGAUCGAUCAAAUACGCAUUAUCCAGAAUUUUGCUUUACGGAUAAAGACGGAUAAAUACACAUAAUUUUUGCUUUACGCAUGAUCUCUAUGCUUGGGAAGGAUGUAACCCUUAUAACUGAUGAUAAAUGAAGAAGGGUUUGAAGGGUUUGAUAAAUGAAGAAGGUGGAGAGGAUGCUGCAGUCAAACAAAGGAGGGAUGGCUGCUGCGGUUUGUCGGGAUAGUCAUGGUUUGUUCUUGGGUAGCGCCUCGCUUGUGUUCCCGGGAGUGAACGACCCAGCAAUGUUCCAAGUGUUAGCAUGCAGAGAGGCCUUUGCUUUACCACAAGACCUGCACCUCCAGAAUUUUGUCAUCUCUUUGGAUUCGAAGCAAGUGGUUGCUGACAUUGUUAAAGGUUCAAGAGGAAAGUAUGGAGCCAUUAUUAGUGAGAUUAAGUCUAGCAAAUAAUUUUCAGUGUAAUUUAUAUUCCAAAGGUUGUGCUGUUAACUUUGAUGAAGCACACAGUCUAACCAAGUGUUCUCUUUCAUUGGGUCAAGGACGUCAUGUCGGGUUUGUUCAAUCCCAUGACACUUAUUGUAUCCCACAAUUAUGGCUUUUGAUGAAUAAAAACUUCCUUUCCCCC